GUGAAAAAGCACGAGGUGCAGACGCAGGCAACACAGUGCUCGCUCGCGCCUUUUCCCGACGAGGUCGAAACGGACGCACAUUCGUGCCGCGCGUUCACCAGGUUUGCACGGAAAUGGCGCGAUACGCCGAGGACGUGUACUACGAAACUGCCAUUAAACUGACACGCGAGGCUGCCCAGAUUCUCCGAGAGUCCAUCAACGGUUUCAAACAUACCAACGAGAAAUUGGGCAACUGGGACCCCGUCACCGAGUACGACCGAAAGAUAGAGGAUGUUAUCAUCGGCGAACUCAAACGGGCAUUCCCAAGCCACAGGUUUAUCGCGGAGGAAUCAAUCGGCACGGAGCUGCCGGAAUUAACCGACGAUCCUACGUGGAUCAUAGAUCCCAUCGAUGGCACUGUUAACUUCAUCCACGGAUUCCCUCACACAUGCGUGGUCAUCGGUUUGGCCGUGAAGAAAGAAAUGGUCCUUGGUAUCGUGUACAAUCCAAUUCUCGAGCAAUUAUUUACAGCUAGAAAAGGACGAGGCGCGUUUCUGAACGGGAAACCGAUUCAGGUGUCCAAGGUGCAAGACUUAUCGAAGGCUUUGGUCUGCAUGGAAUCCGGUUUCAUAAAAAUAGACGAUCUACGGGAGAAGACGGUGGAGAGGAUCCAAACCGUCGUUAGAGAGGUUCAGGGCAUUCGCACUCUCGGCGUGGCGGCAUUAACAUUGUGUUACAUCGCGCUUGGGAUCGUGGAGGCCUAUUACGUCGAAGGUCCUGGCAUUUCGACAUGGGAUAUAGCCGCGGCAUCGUUGAUCAUUUCGGAAGCGGGAGGCGUCGUUGUGGAUCGUGUCACAGGGAAACCGAUCGACAUUAUGAAACCACGUACGGUAGCCGCGUGUAAUGACAAGAUCGCCCACGAUAUCGUUAGACUCAUCCGUGAAGCUGAUCAACGAGUAGAUAUGAGGGCAAAAUAAAUAUAAAUUUAAAAUACAUAUACUGAAAUUAUAAAAUAUAUUUAAAAUGUAUUAAAAAUAAAAAUCUGUUGUAACUGAA